UACUUUAGCGUUUAAUUUAGCGUUAAAACGAAAUUGCCUGAAAAUUGGACAUGGUCACCUUUUCGUGCUGGUAAUAACUCGAACGGGGGACGAUGGUUGAGACUGUCGUUCGUACAGUGCUACUUUUGAUAUUGACUGCUGGAGGCAGAAUGAGACUUGCUCAUUUUUACACUAUCGUAAACGAGCUGAGGAGAAGAAUGAGAGGCAGUGUGAGAUAUGAGACUGACUUGCUCUCCUCGGGGCUCGGGGAAAGCGAGAAGGCGGUCGAAGAUCGUAUUUUCUGGCGGGAAGAGGACUAAUGUGCUCGACGAAUUUGCCUCCGCUGGGCAACCAAAUAGCAGACAGACAGACAGACAGAAUCUCCCCCACACACACCACUCCCACUGGAAAGGCAGGAGUUCUUAGUCAGGACGACGUCCGUCUUCUUCCAUCAUGUCGUCGCUAGUGCAAAUGAGGGAUCUUGAGCUGGAAAAUCAGCAUGACCGGUAUAAAAUCGUUCGCUGCUUGAAGCGAGUCGUCAACUGUGAUAAGUUUACUGCUUAUGAGAUUGAAUGCUUGGAGACUGGAGCGAUAAGGCUGCUUGAGUUGCGAGAUUUAUGGUUCCUUACUCCACCCUUAGAAAAAGACACCACGAUUAAUAUCUGCGAAUAUAAGAUUGACGAAAACAACCAUUAUAUCAUUUCACGCGAUGGUGGGUUUUUAGUUGUGGAGCCAGACAAGUUAAUCUCCGUGACGAGUGUCGUAAGCAUGUCGUGGUGUGAACGGAAGGUCGCGUUUUCGGAAAACUUUCGAUUCCCUGGGGAUAAUAUUGAUACUUUGAGGGGCACGCUUGCUCACGAUUUGAUAUGCCAAGUCAUGUUGAAAAAGUCGUUUGGAACUAGUGAAAUUCAGGCCGAGUUAAACUCGUUGCUGAAACAUUCUGCUAUUCUGGAGAGAGCGUAUACUAUCGGCUUAUCGCAUGAAAAUCUUAAAACGUUGGGGAAUGAGUUGGUGCAGUAUGUGAGUGGGAUUAAGGAACAUAUGCAACCUUUACCUCCACCUACUUUUCAUAAGAAGACUACGUGUUCUCGAGAAAUUCAAGUGAUUGGCAUUCGUGAUAUUGAAGACUGCUACUGGAGACCAAAGUUUGGAUUGAAAGGCAAGGUGGAUUGCUCAGUGGAAACAAUUAACGUUCAUAAUGAGAAAUGCGUUGUGCCAAUGGAGUUUAAAACUGGACAUGCCACUUCGGGAAAAACGGUUGUUAGCCGUGAUGAGCACAUUGGACAGGUGUUUCUUUACGCUCUAAUGAUGGACACACUAAAGUUAAUUGGUCCGAACGGAAUAUUGCAUUAUAUCAGAGACAAACACACAAUGGAGACAAAAGCAAAAUUAUCGUCUCUUCAGUCGUUGAUUAUGGCCAGAAAUCGUAUUAUCUUCAAUACCACGAAAGACUCAACCGAGGCUUUCGAUAACUUUCCUAACCCUUCCGGUGUAAGCUUCGAUAGGCAAUGUGCAAAGUGUGAAUAUAAAAACAUUUGUGCGCUAACGCUAAGUGAUCCAGACCCGGAAGAACUACCAACUUUGACUGAGGCUAAAUUGCGAGAAUCACUUGAUUAUCUCACAAUGUCAGAGAUUAGCUUCUUUAAGAAAUGGCUAAAAGUAAUCAGACUUGAAGCCAAUGACAGUGAAAUGAGCAGUACUACAAAAAGCCUUUGGCUGGAUUCUAUCUCGCAACGGGAAUCUUGUGGGAAAUGCAUUGGCUACCUUAGUUUAACUCGUCAGGAGACUAACCCCAAAGGAACGUCAACUAACCUAGUGUUCCAAAUCCCAGAAGAUCGUCUCCAUUUAGCAGCUAAUUUUGUCGAGAAGGAUUUCGUUGUGAUUGGAACGUUCAAGGAACCAUGCGUCGGAUAUGCAUUCAUUGAAGAAAUAAAUGUCGAGACCGGUUCCUUCAUUAAAGUGGCUAUAGACAGGCCGAUGAUGGGACGGCAUGCGGAAUGUGGUGUCAAGUUCACCCUAGAUAAAGUUUCUUCACAAAGUGCAGGGAUGAUACAGUACGUCUACUUAUCUUACAUGAUGGAAAAUACGAAAACAGCGAAGAACCUACGAAAUCGUUUAAUUAACAAGGAAGUUCCUGUAUUUGCACCCGUUGAAAGUAUUACAAUGUCGAAGGAGGUUAAAUUCAUGUUGAAAGAUCUUAACGAAUUCCAGAAGUCAUCAUUGCUUCUGUCCUUAUUAACUGAUAGCUUGCUGCUUAUCAAAGGAUCUCCGGGAUGUGGUAAGACCACCACUCUAGUUACCCUAAUAAGAAUGCUGGUUGGGAUGAACAAGACCGUUCUUGUGAGCGCUUAUACAAGUAAUGCUCUUGAUAACAUAUUGCUCGGAUAUAAGAAGCACAGCAGCAACUUUCUUCGUAUUGGCUCAAGCGGACAUUUAGAGCUAGAGAAUUACUGCACUAACUAUCUUCGUGACACUGUUGAAACAACAGAUCAAUUGAAGGCUCUUUAUGAUUCUGCUCCGGUGAUUGGAACGACCCUUCUCAGCAUGAAGCACCCGAUUAUUAUGAAUCGACAAUUUGACUACUGCAUUGUGGAUGAAGGAUCUCAAGCAUUGCCAACUGCUGUCAUUGGAGCUCUGCUAAAGGCUGAUAAGUGGAUCGUUUUUGGCGACCCAAAUCAGUUACCUGCUUUGAUAAAAUCUCGUGAAAUAAAGAGAAUGGGGAUCGAAGAAAAUUUAUUUGCAAUGCUCGAUGACCCUAAAUUCAGUUUUCACAUGUCAAGACAAUACCGCAUGAAUGAAGACAUCAUGAAGAUAGCGAAUAAAUUAAUGUACGACAAUCAGAUGUCAUGUGGAUCUGGAGAGCAAGCCGUAAGGUGCAUCGAAUAUCAAAUACAUUCAACCAAGCAACACCUGGGGUCAACCUACCCAGUAAGGAUGCAAAAGUGGCUGAGUCUUGCUAUUAGUAAAAAGACGAUUCGAUCAAUGAUGUUUUUUGAUACGGAAUUAAUCGGGGCCAUGGAGUCUGUAGUAGCAUCAACCUUGCAUAACAAAAAAGAGAAAGACAUUGUUGUAGGUAUUGUUAAUCUUCUGUUGAAGUGUGAGAUUCGGGCUUCGGAUAUUGGAGUAAUUGCUCCAUACCGGGGACAAGUAACCAUACUGAGGGAAAGCCUGGAUAAAUCUGUAGAGGUAAAUACAAUUGACCAGUAUCAGGGCCGAGAGAAGACUAUUAUUGUGAUCUCGUUCACUAAAAGCGUCCCUUAUGCUGAGGGUGAAGCCACAUCAGAGGAAGGCAUCCUAAAUGAUCUACGGCGUCUCAAUGUUGCCAUCACCAGAGCAAAGAGCAAGGUUUUGCUUAUCGGUAAUGGCAGUUCUCUCUGCAAGUACCCUGCCUGCAAUAAGCUGCUCUCUCUUCUCAGUAAAGAUCAAAAAUACACGUUUUCUGCUGAUGACUUUUACCAAGGAUUCUUUAAAGAAUAAUGACCAUUUCCAUCCAGACUUACAUAAGUGUUCAUGUUUGUAACUGCUGUUUGUAACUGCCAUCCUAAACUCAUUUAAUUAUACAAUCUUAUUCAGAAACAAACUAGGGUAUAAAGUAAUCUAGUUAUUACGUAUGCAGCAAGUAUAUAUAUAAAGCAGUAUAAAUCAUGAAGAACUGUACAAAUGACCAAGCUCACAACUUGUGAUUCAGAAUAAACUUUUUAACUUAA